AUAAACUUCAAGGGCGCAUCCGCCAUUAUUUAUCCGUGUCUCAAAUUUCUUAAGAAUCUCUCAACCACAAAACUGACACUCUAAGUUCAUUCUCCUCCUAUCUUCCUAGUUCAUUCACAUGAUGGGUCUUUCUGAUUCGGUUGAAUUUUAUGUGUUUUAGCUAAUUUUUGUAGGUAUCACUGAUUGAUUUAUUAUAACAUUUGAUUACCUCUAUUAGCUCGAUUUCUUGAUGUUCAGAUUUAAUACACUUCAAUGCUGCUUGGGUUUUCAUCAAAAUUAGAAAAAGAAAAAAAUUCCCGAGAGAUAUGAUGUUGUUCGUCUAUGUAGAUUAGGUGUUUGUAUAAUUGCGUUAAAGAAAAUAAUUCCCAGCUUUAAAAUUUUCAUACUUGUUUUAUUUUUAUGGUUGCAGGUCUUAUAUAUAUAAUAUAUAUGAGAGUGACCUUCUGUGGCAAAUUCAGUACAUAUUUCCACCUUUGCAGUUGGUUAUGGCAGUAAGAAACUGAUUCAAAUAACAUAGAUAUAAGACUGGGAACAGUAUAAAAUAAUGAUUGUUUCGGCUCUUUUAACUUGUGUCGGGAUUAAUCUUGUCAUAUGUGUUUUGUAUUUCACAUUCUAUUCUAUACUAAGGAAGCAACCAAGUUACAAUCAUGUAUAUAUUCCACGGUUGGUUGCCGAAGGAAAAACAAAGAAGAGUAGUGGUGAUUUCCAUUUGGAUAGGCUAUUGCCUUCUACAGGCUGGGUUAGAAGGGCAUGGCAGCUCUCAGAAGACGAUCUUUUGUCGACUACAGGUUUGGAUGCUGUUGUCUUUAUGCGUAUUUUCACAUUCAGUGUAAAAGUAUUUACAGUUGCUGCUGUUAUUGGGAUCUUUAUCCUUCUUCCAAUUAACUAUUUUGGGACUCAGAUACAUGCCUCGGACUUUGCCGAUAUUCCAAAUAAGUCUUUGGACUUGUUCAGCAUUGCAAAUGUAAAUGAUGGCUCAAAAAGGUUAUGGGUUCACUUCUGUGUUGUAUAUUUUAUCACGGCAUUUGUUUGCUAUCUUCUUUUUAUAGAAUACAAAUAUAUUUCAUCAACAAGAAUUGCUUAUUUUUAUGCGUCCAAACCUCAGCCACAUCAGUUCACCGUUUUAGUUCGUGGUGUCCCUGUAUCCCGACUUGGCAAGUUCAGCGAAAGUAUUAGGAGUUUUUUUAUGGAAUAUCACCCUUCUACCUAUUUGUCACAUACGGUGGUCAACACACCAAGCAGAAUCAAGAGUCUUAUCGAAGUACCUGCAGCAUUUGUUUCCUUCAAAACCCGCUAUGGUGCUGCAGUUGUCUCCGACAUGCGUCAGUCAGAUAAUCCCACUGAGUGGGUCACAGAGCAGGCACCUGAGCCUCAUGAUGUUUAUUGGCCAUUCUUCUCUCCGUCGUUCAUGCAGAGAUGGAUUUCCAAGCUGGUGGUUGUUGUUUUAUCAAUUGUUCUUACGGUUCUGUUCCUUAUUCCCGUUGUAUUUGUUCAAGGUCUUGCCAAUCUGGAUAAACUGAAGACGCUGUUUCCUUUUCUGGAAGGCAUACUUAACAUAACUUUCGUAAGUCAAGUGAUCACAGGUUAUCUGCCGAGUCUCGUACUUACUUUGUUCUUAAAAAUUGUGCCUCCCAUCAUGAUGCUCUUUUCGUCCAUGCAAGGCUUUAGUUCCUAUAGUAGGAUAGAGAGAAGUGCUUGCACUAAAGUACUCAUCUUUACUGUAUGGAACAUCUUUUUUGCCAACGUACUCUCUGGAUCAGCUAUUAGGCAAGUGGAUACUUUCCUUGAACCAAAGAACAUUCCCAUAAAGCUUGCUGUGCUUGUUCCAGCACAGGCAUCGUUCUUUAUUGCUUAUGUUGUCACUAAUGGAUGGACGAGUCUAUCAUCGGAAAUCUUCAGAGUGGCUCCUCUUCUUUGUACUUCGGUUAAAAACUGUGUAGGAAGUCAUGAUGACGAAGCUCCAUCUCUUCCUUUCCACAGUGAAGUCCCGAGAAUUCUUUUUUUUGGACUUCUCGGCCUUACGUAUGUCUUCCUAGCUCCAUUGAUUCUGCCUUUUCUCUUGGCUUAUUUCUGUCUUGGAUACAUUAUCUAUCGUAACCAGUUACUAGAUGUAUAUGAACCAAGAUAUGAAAGUGGCGGCAAGUUGUGGCCUACUGUUCAUAAUUCGACAAUAUUUUCUCUUCUGUUACUGCAAACUAUUGCAAUUGGGAUAUUUGGAUUGAAGAAGCUUCCCGUUGCAUCAACCUUAAUUCUCCCACUUUUGAUUAUCACUCUUUUAUUCAACGAAUACUGUCGGAAACGUUUCUUACCAAUUUUCGAUUCCCAUUCUGCUGAGAGUGUGAUAAAGAAAGACAGAGACAAUGACAACGAUCCUACAAUGCCUGAAUUUCUGGAGAAACUUCCGACUGCUUAUAGGGAUCCAGCUCUGAAGCCAAAUCAGGAGUCUGCAGGGAAUCAAGACCACAGUACUCCCCUUCUUUCUUCUGUUUAAGUUUCUAAUAAAAAAAAUUCACAUUCUUGUUCCACAAUAGUAAGGUAAAUUUGAAACUGUUAAUAAAAAAAUUUCACAUUCUAAUAAAAGACCACAGUCCAUUGUGAUCGAAUAAAGCGAGAAAGAUUGUUGUUGUUUUUGCUCUAUCAAAAUAAAAAAAUUCUUUUGGUGUAGGAUUAGCUUCGGCUUUUACAGUCACUUUUUUUUGGCUAAUAUAAACUAAAAAUAUGUUGCUUUUUUUCUUCUUC